CAUUCAUUAAAUUAUGGCGGGUGCAAUCACAAAUUUUGAAGAAAAUGAUGAUGAAUAUAAUGGAGUAAUUAGUAGACAAGAAGUUCAAGCUGCCAUUGCUAAAGCUGUAGAGCUUAGAGCUAUUCAUGCUUCUUUAUUACAGGGUAUUAAUAAUAAUAAUAAUAAUAUUAAUAAUAGCCCUGCUAAUUUCAUCAAGUUUCCUCCUCAUUCUUCUUCUUCUUCUUCCCCUGCUGCUAAUCUCUUCUCUGCUCAAGAUUAUCCUAUUUUUACACCAAGUUAUGAAGAUGCUCCAUUACCUGGAUCCAAACAACUACACCUCGACGAUCGAGGCUACACUGACCUUUGGGAUGAUUAUGGCCUUGGUGGAGUAGCAAAUUGUGAUGAAGUCAGUGUAUCGAAUUACAGAAAGGCGAAUUCCUCCUUAAGGAAAGGAGUUUCAUCCAAUUUGAUCAAUUCUGAGUCUCAUAACUGUCCAACUGAUGAUCAGAGAUCGGUCACCGGCUCUUAUACUGGUCAUAUCACUCUGCUUAGAAACUCUCCUGGUGGUGAUUACUCUAACUCUAGAAGAAGCUCUUUGGGUGACUUGAGAUCGCUUUCGUCUUACAAUAGAUCAUGUAAACUUGCUAUGGUAAGUACUGAGACAGAUGGUGCUAGCAAAAGUGGGAAAAGCUCUAAUGUAAUCGUGCCAUUGACAAAUUCGCACUCUUUAAAUCAAUUGCAGCCAAAGAGUAAAGGAAUGAACUUGUCGUGGUUGUUCCCUAAGCUAAAGAAGAAAAACAAGAAUGAAAAUUCACCAUAUCGGAGAGAGGCCGAGGAGGUUUCUCAGAUUUGUAAGGAUCACAUCGGGGUGGUUUCUGUUGAAACGUUGAGGAAAGAACUCGUGGAAGCAAAUGAGAGCAGAGAGGCAGCCUUGAUGGAAGUCGCGGAAAUGAAGUCUUCUUUAGGAGGGCUAAAGCAAAAAAUGGAGUACUUAGAAACUUAUUGUGAGGAGCUCAAGAAAGCCUUGAGACAAGCAAUUCAAACAAAAGAAUCCCAAGUAUCCAAUAUGCUUAUAGAUCUUCCGAGAAGGGGGAAAUCAACGGAUGGGGAUGGAGAAAACACGAUUCCUGUUAGUGAAGAGGUAAUGGUUGAAGGAUUCUUGCAGAUAGUAUCGGAAUCAAGACUAUCCGUUAAGCAAUUCUGCAAGACUCUUAUUGCACAAGUUGAAGAGACAGAUAAUUCCUUAACCGAUAACUUAAACCUUCUACUUCAACCUUACAAGCUUUCCCUUAACUCGAAACACUCAAAGGCGAUCCUAUACCAUAUUGAAGCCAUCAUAAACCAGUCACUCUUCCAAGAUUUCGAGAACGUUGUGUUCCAAAAGAACGGUGCUCCAAGACAAUUGGACCCUCAACAAGAUUGCCACGAUCAAUUCUCAUCGUUUGUCUCGUUGAGGAACCUAAGCUGGAAUGAAGUGUUACGAAAGGGGACUAAAUACUAUAGUGAAGAUUUCAGUAAAUUUUGUGAUCAGAAAAUGUGUUGCAUCAUCACAUCACUUAAUUGGAGAAGGCCAUGGCCAGAACAACUCCUACAAGCAUUCUUUGUGGCUUCUAAGUGCAUUUGGUUGUUGCAUUUACUCGCGUUUUCGUUCGAUCCUCCACUUGGGAUUCUGAGAGUUGAAGAGAAUACAACAUUUGAUAAGAAUUACAUGGAGGACAUAUUUGGAGAUAGGCAAAAAUCACAAGGUACAAGUAAGGUUAAGAUUAUGGUAGUGCCUGGUUUCUAUGUACGUGAUAGAGUACAUAGGUGUAAGGUAAUUUGCAGGUACAAAUCUGCAGCUUAAUUGCUAAUAUAGUUAGGAUAUCCUUCUCAAUUUUUUUUAUCUAACAUGUAAUGUUGAUCAGCCUAUGCUAAUCAUUUGCUUGAACGGAUUGUUUGGUAGAGUGCAUUAGAAAAGAUAAUGCAAGAUUAUCUUUGUGUAUUGUUAUUAUAUUGUUUGGUAUACGUUUUUGUACAACUUAUGCAA